AUGGAUUCAUCACGGGCUAUCGACGCGUUAAGGCACACUAUCCCAGACGGCCAAUUCUCUCUUCGGGGUACGGCAGAGUACGAAAACUUGAACUCUUCGUAUCUUUCUCAGCUAGAAAGCGAUCUUAAGCCAGCUUGCAUAUUUCAGCCUCGAUCUAAACAAGAAGUGGCUGCAUUUGUGAGGGCAAUCCAGCCUUUUGCCUUGAAAGAAGACACCAAAUUUGCCAUUCGUGGGGGUGGCCAACAACCAGCGCCCGGCUGUGCCAAUAUCCAAGAUGGCAUCACCGUUGACCUAGGCCUUCUUACAGGGAUAGAAAUCAAGCUAGACGAGGGCCUAGUGCAAAUUGGGGCUGGUGAGCGCUGGGGCACCGUCUAUGAUAAGCUUGACGGCUCGGGCCUUGGCGUAGCUGGUGGUCGAGCGAAUAAUUGUGGAAUUGGUGGGCUUGCGCUUCAAGGCGGUCUUUCUUUCUUCUCAUCCCGAGAAGGAUUUAUAUCUGACAAUAUCGUCAACUAUGAGGUUGUAUUGGCUUCAGGGGAAAUCAUCAAUGCCAAUGCCAAGCAAUAUUCCGACUUGUGGAAAGCCUUGCGAGGUGGUGGUAACAACUUUGGUAUUGUUACACGUUACGAUUUCAGGACUUUCCCCCAAGGACCUAUUUGGGGCGGUAACACCUUUUACUUUCUCCCGGGCGUCCCUGAUCAGAUCGAAAAAUUGGUAAAGGAGCUCAACCAACCAAGUCCCUCCCAUGAAACGCAUCUCAUGGUCAGUAUCGGAUAUUCAGGAGCAUUUAGCAAAGAAGCAGUAGGACUUAAUACAGUUUACUACACUCAAGCAGUAGAAAACCCGCCAGAACUUGAGGUAUUCACAUCAGUACAACCGCGGAUUGAUCAACUUAGCUCUAUGAGGAUGCUGACACUAAAGGAAGCUGCCGCGGAUCAAGCUGCAGGUAUCUCAAUAGGAACACGGUGA